UACACUUCCCAGAAGCCUCCGUGGCGGGAGGGGAUCCUCCAGGCUACCGACUGGUACCGGCGGCUGAACAUGGCUGUCUUGCUCGGGUCCCUCGUGGGCCCCGCCGGGAGGUCGGCGGCCGUGCUGGGCGGCAGGUGGCUCCAGCCUCGGGCCUGGUGGGGGCUGCUCGGGCCGCCGCAAGCGCGGGGCCGGGCGCGCGGGAACGAGUACCAGCCGAGCAACCUGAAGCGGAAGCACAAGCACGGCUGGGUGCGGCGGCUGAGCUCGGCGGCCGGCGUGCAGGUGGUGCUGCGGCGCCUGCUCAAGGGGCGCCGGUCUCUGAGCCACUGAGGACGGCGAGGGCUCCCCCAGACUGCGGGCUUGUGGGGGCCUCCCCCAGACUGUGGGCGUGCCAGGGGGUUCCCCCAGACUGCGGGCUUGUUGGGGGCUCCCCCACCAGACUGUGGGCUCCCUGCACCCAGAACGGCCCUGGCCACGCACGAACCCCGCCCUCCCCCACCGUGUCAUCUCGGAGCGGAUCCCAGGCCCCACAGCGUCCCUGGCCUGCUGCACCCAGAACGGCCCUGGCCACCCACGAGCCCCGCCCGCCCCCUACCAUGUCAUCUCGAAGUGGAUCCCAGUCCCCAGAUAAGGGGUCGGACACGACAGGUGCCAACCGUUCUGAACACCAUUAAACGUCUCCUCCGUGUC